AUGUUGUAGAUCAUAAUGUCCGUGGUGAAGGCCGGCGUACUCGAGGGAUCAUCUGAUUCUGAGGAGGAGGUCCACGUGUAUAAACUCAAAAUUCAUGACACUGAUGUCAAGGACGCCGGGGAAUGGAGGGUCGAGGUCGCGGACAGAUACGGUUCUACCUCCACGUCAUGCAACCUUGCAAUUCUCGAUGAUCCAAAACCAAAACCAUCAGUGACGUAUGCGGGUAAAGUAGGCAAGGGGGAUAAGUCUGACGAUGAGGAAGUUCACCUGUACAAACUAAGGAUUCACGACGCCCAGGCGACGGAUGCCGGAAGAUGGCGCUGUGAAGUUGAGGACAAGUAUGGUUCCACGUCAUCUUCCUGCAACUUGCUUCUUGACCCGUACAAUCUGCCUUCCAGACCUAAGUUUGUGACCUUUCUGAGGGACCAGCAGGUAGAGGAAGGAUUCUGUGUCAAGUUCCAAUGUAUUGUCACCGGAAACCCCAUCCCAAGGAUCGAAUGGUACAGGGACCUCGAGCCCAUUGGAAAGUCCAGCUUUGUACACACGGCCUAUCGAGGAGACGGCACAGCGUUCCUACAGUUGUUUUCGCCCGUAGCGGAUCGAGACAGUGGAACAUAUCGUUGUGUGGCAAGGAAUUCCGAAGGUUCCAGUUUUACCGAGGCGCUUCUCACCAUUAGAAAACAGAUAACGAAUGCAGACCUGAGGGACCAAUUCUCAAUCAGCCGGGCUCGGACAAGAAACGAGGAGCUGGCAAGCUUUACUGGACACCACCUCUCCAAGUUCGAAGCAGCUGAGCGGAUGAUGCUGAAGUCUGAUCAGUAUACUUUUGAGACGUCCCCUCACUUAAAGAAGUCAGAACUGUACCAUUUAGAUUCACAGUUCAAAGGUCAUCGAAAAUCUAAUCUUUACAGUGCAUUGGACAUAAGGAGACAGAAAAAGUAUGAAUCACCAGGGUAUGAAGACAACAACACGGACAGGAUGAAUAUAUAUAAUGUUGAAAACGACUACAAACCAAGAAAACGUUACGAUGAUGAAGAUCUGAAAGGAAAAACGAGCAAAUAUGAACUUGAAAAUGAAUACAAAAACAAAAAUACUGAUCUUUUCACAACUGAUUACAAAUAUGGGACAAAGAACGAUCUCCUGCAAGAAAUGGAGCUUCAGAGGAAGCUUGAGUCCAAGAAAAUCUUCGACAGCCUGACAAAAAGAAAACCUCUCGACAAGGGAAUUGAAAAAUCUAGUGGUGUUGAAGAUUUUAGCUACAAACCUAAAUCGUCACGCAGAAGAACAGCAUUUAGUGAUGAGAUUAAUCCAGGUCUAAGUAAAAAGGCGAUAGAAUUAACAAGGAGUUGCUCCGUCGGUACAGGUGUUGAUUUGAGAAGAUCGAAAUCUGUCUCUCUAAGCCGAGAUGUAUCCUCAAGACUCAUCCUUGACGAUAAGAAAGGAUAUUACACACUGCGACCAAGGCCAAAGUCGGUUGCCAUGACGUACGAUUUUUCCAAAUAUGAAAGUCGGCCUAAGUCAGCUAGUGUAACACGUGACUUUGCAUCAAAAUCCGGUUACGACUCGGACAGAGAGGAGAGUUUCCGGUCACCACGAACACGACCAAAGUCGGCAUCUUUUUCACGAGAUCUUGACAGCCCAAGGCGGACUAGGUCAGCUUCUCUAGCUCGGGAUAUCAGCGUUACGUCAGACAGAAAAUUGGACGAGGACAAAGUUUUAGGAAAAAGAGAUACUCGAGCCAGGUCAUUGUCUGUGUCACGUGACACUGAGGAACUCAUCCGUUCUGUACGAGAAAGCAGUGUUGGAAAAUCAGAAUUUGCAGAUAUUGAGGCAUAUAGAGCAGAACUACACAAUAAACAAAAAGCAGACAAAAGUUCCAAAACAACAUGCAAAAGAAAACAACAUCGAAAAGAUAUCAAGUAUCAGACCCUUACAAGACACUUUGCAGACGAGAAUAAGCCAAUCAAAGAAAUUAAUCCUGGGUUAAGUUUGAAAGCAAGAGAGAUUGUUAACAGGCAGGGAUAUAGGUACAAAGUCGACAGAGAUCUACUGAACAUUUCUAUGUCUAGAGGUAAACAAUCGUCACGUCCAUCUGAAGACACUGGGGAUGAGGAACCAGUCCUGAAUGAAUACAAAAAGCCAGAAAAAAAUGAACCAAAUACGGAUGGGGAAGAGAUGUUAUCAGACGAAGCAUUCAAAAGAAAGAUGUACCUUAAAAACCUGGAUCAAUUCAUAAACAGAGCAAACAAUUCCUUCUAUGAUAUGGAAGACAGCGAAGUACCCUCAUGGAGAAAAGAAAAAUUACAAGACACUGGCUUUGAUUACACCAAACACAGGGCAAGAAAGAACAAAAUCGAGCUUUUCGACUUUGACGAUAUCCGAACGUCCAAACUCCCGGCCAGGCGCCAGCAACCAAAAAGAGCCCAGUCUGUAGGUCCGGAGUUGGAGACUAAAAAUAAGAUGUUAAAUUCAAUGUAUGACAAGGAGAGACAAGCGCUUCUGAAGCUGGGGACCAACUGGGUACAGGAUAAGCCGCUCUCGUUCAUAGAAAGACUUAAAAGUAAGUCUUCCUUGGAGGGCAACAGUGUCCUCCUAUCGUGUUUCGUCACCGGUAAAGAACCCUUCGUUGUUUUAUGGUAUCGGCGAGGGAUUGCAUUGUCAAGGGACGAAGAAGAAAAUUUCCAAAUCAGGAGCAACGGAGGCUUCCUUAGCCUUGAGAUCCCGGUCACCUCCACUUACGACACGGGCGAGUAUAUGGUGGAGGUCCGCAAUGAGGAGGGGAAGAUUAAAUCCAACUGUUACCUCCAAGUGGAACCCGUCUUUGAUCCUCGUGUGGAUUACAAACACCCCGAAUUUAUCGAGCCAAUCCAUUACGUCCACGUUAAAAAAGGACAAGCCGCUACAUUCAGCUGUAAAGUGAAAGGUACCCCUGCUCCCUUUGUCAGAUGGUUCAAGGAUGGAAUAGAACUCCAACAUACUGACAGAAUCGACAUCCACCAAGGAGAGAAGGGACAGGCUUUUCUUUUGAUUCAUGACACUGAGGAAUGUGAUACAGGAUUGUACAAGUGUGAGGCCCAGAGCAUGGCAGGGCGCUGCCGAAGCAUAGCAAAACUCCAGGUUUUAGAUUCUAUGGCAGAUGCAUGUGAUGAGGUAUCCUGUAACAUUGAAGUUGAGAGAAUCAUCAGCAGAACAAAAGAUGCUAAAGGUAUUGUAAGUGACGUACCAAUCCAGAAACCAAGGGCCUGGAGAGCUGGUGUAGAUUCAACUGAAUCAAUAGAACAACAGAAGGAUAAUGUGACCACAGAAAAGGCCGAUGCCAUAAAAGAGACGCCUCUGAAGUCAUCCGAAAUCCUGACAGUCCUGGACGAGACUUUAAAAGCUGGUAAUGUUGCACAAUCGACAGAAGUGGAUAUAAAUCAAACCUCACCUGAUAAAUCUCUAUCAAAACCUGAAUCUUUUGAGUCUAAAUUAACAAUUCCUUUAUCUCAUGACCAGUCUUUAUUUUCUUUAACACCAGUAACAAUAAAUGUUGACACUUCUUCUAUUCCUUUAGUCGAAAGGUCUCUAUUAACUGAUGUCACAAACGAUUCUAACAAACAAGCACCUGUAGAUAUUUCUGUGCCCAAAUCUGAACAGACACAAUCUUUAGCUGAAGCUGAUCAACAAAUAAAACGGGAAUCAAAACAGCUCAUGGCAGCUAAUGCGGAGAAUGUCAAGUAUAAUACACCUUCUGAAACAGAUUCAGUAACAGUGUACGAAGUGCAAUCUGAUUCAAAUGUUGUGCAGAUCCCGUCAACUAAUGUGUCUUCAACUGAAGUUGAACAUCAAAUUGAUUAUACCCUUCCUUCAGAAAUUGAUAUUAAGUCCUUGGAACACGAUUCUGGUACUGACAAAAUCGAGAAAGCAUCUGAAACAAGUGUUUCAGAAAGAGAGGUUAGUGUGAAUUCGGAAAAAUCAUUAGAGGAUGCUUCUGUAAAAUCUGAUGUUCAUGGGAAGGGACCUGAUGCUAUAUCUUUGGAUGAAAAGGCUUCGGAAACUUUCGCCGAUGUUUCAAAACCGUCCCAGGAAGGUGUUGAUAGAAUUGACACUGAUGCGAAAGAAAAAGCAAGAUCGAACAUAGAGCAAAUACCAUUUGAGGAUGCUUCAUUAAAAUCUGUUGUUCAUGGGAAGGGACCUGAUGCUACAUCCAUGGAUGAAAAAGUUUCGGAAACUUUCGCCGAUGCUUCAAAAUCGUCUCAGGAAGAUGUUGAUAGAAUUUACACUGAUGCGAAAGAAAAAACAAGAUCGAACAUAGAGCAAAUACCAUUAGAGAAUGCUUCAGUAAAGUCUGAUGUUCAUGGGAAGGGACCUGAUGCUAUAUCCUUGGAUGAAAAAGUUUCGGAAACUUUUGCCGAUGCUUCAAAACCAACCCAGGCAGGUAUUGAUAGAAUUGACGAUGAUGCAAAAGAAGAAACAAGGUCGAACACAGGGCAAAUACCAUUACAGGAUGCUUUACUCAAAUCUGAUGUUCAUGGGAAGGGACCUUUGUCCAUGUAUGAUUCAGUUUCAGAAACCUUCGCUAAUAUUUCAAAACUGUCUCAGGAAGGUGUUGAUAGAAUUGACAAUGAUGCAAAAGAAGAAGCAAGAUCAAACACAGAGGAAAUGCCUUUCACCAAAACGACUAGCAAAAAUAAGAUGAAUAGAUCAAUGAAAGGAUCAUAUGAAGUACUUGGAGUCGACAACACAGAAGAUCGCGUAGAUAUUGAGAUGCAGAUGGACAUAAGCGAGAAGCAAGAACCAGCAAAAUUGACUGCCAACGAUAUUAAACCUGUAUCCACUGUCGAUACUGCUCAUUCAGAGGGAUUCCAAAUUACAUCCUCAGUUGCUUCUACUGUUUCAGGACCAAUGGAAGAGACCGUUAAAGCACAUCCAGCAGUCCAAAUGGGUCCUGCGGUACACGAGAAUAUUGAAAAUAUAUUUGCAAAAUCUGACGAUGCACACAUUUCGCUUUCAAUGUCCCCUGAAUCCGAAAACGUAGAAUCUCUUACCACUCCCUUUGACCUUUCACAUGCACAAUCUAGUGACAAAUACUCUCUGUCUUCAGAGCAAAGAGCACAAGAAGACACAACACUGCACACUGAGCACAGCACUAACAAAACUGAUGACCAAAGUUUGUGUACUGAGGUCACUCAAGACAUUUUGAAUGCCAAGCAAGAAACUGAGUUUAAAGCAAAUGAAAGAGAUGACUCAAUGUAUAGUGAUAUAUCAUCUGCUAAAGAUUUUAGUUUAUCAGUUCCUGCACAAAGAGUGUCGUCACCUAUAGAAAAGAAAGUAAAAACCUCUGAAGUAGAAGGCAUUGAAAAACCGGCAUCACCCAGCAUAACACCAAUUGUUCAAAAGUCUGAAAAAGAAGAAUCAAAAACUGACGUUAUCGAUGGACAAAAAGCUGUUUCUGAAGAAACUACUCCUCCUGAGAUCAAGGAAUCGGUAGAAAAGAUAGAGAAGGUACAAGAGAAGGUCGAUGCUGAAAAACCUGCGGCAGAGGUAGAGAAAGUGGAUGUGGAGAAAGCAUUGGAAGAGGAAGGACAAGCCCCUGCAGUGGCAGAGAAGUCUCAAGAAGAGAAAGAGAAAACAGACCUACGGGAAGAACAGAAGGAAACUGAAACAAAAGAAGCAUCAGAGACUGUGAAAGAACCAGUUGAGACACAGGAAGCCGCACCAAAAGAAGAGGAAAGAGAGCCUCAACCACCAACCUUUGUCAAAAAUCUACCAAACAAAUUGGAUUUAAAAGAUGGAGAUGAUUUGCUUCUUCAGUGCAUCACUGAUGGACUACCAAAACCAGAAGUUAUUUGGAUGCACGAAAAUAAACCAAUCGAGGCCAGUGAAAAUAUUUUCAUAAAAGAUUCUCACGAUGUCCACGCUUUGGAGAUCAAGAAGGUUAAUCACAAAGUAAACUCAGGUGUGUACAUGGCUAAACUCGUAGGAGGAUCAAGCUCGGGAGAACAGGAGGAGGUGGUGUCAAGAUGUAAAGUGUCUAUCUUGACAACGGCUUCAAUAGAGGAAAGCACAGGACCUGAUGAGGAGGACAUCAAGGAAAGAGAUCUUUUACCCCUGGUGGAAAAACAGAUAUCUACUGAGCAAGAAGAACUGAAGUUACAAAUACCGCCCAGUGUUGACCUCCAAGAAGUAUGCGAAGAAGGACAAUCGGAUGCUGACAAAAUGCACAUUCCAAUGGUUUCCCCAACAGGGGUACAUUGCCAUUCCAGUCCUCUUGAUAAGGCCGAGAAAGAGGAGGAAUUACCCGCUUCUCAGACCAGUCCUCACUUUAGCCAAGCUUUGGAUGAAGAGUUGUAUCCCUUAGAGAGAGAUGAAAACGUUAGAAUCCAAUGUGUGGUGGCAGGGGAGCCGUGUCCAAAGAUAGUAUGGUUCAAAGAUGGUGUUAAACUGGAGCAGUCCAGUCGAGUCCGUCUGGAAUGGGAUCCAGAUACCCGGAUUGCUAGUGUGCUUCUAAAGAGACUUCACAUUUUGGAUACCGGAGAGUACGAAUGUAUCGUGUAUGGGGAGAAUGGAAGUUAUAGCACCAAAACAACUCUCCAUGUGAAAGCCCUUGAGAUGCAGAAAGUUGAGACUAUAGAUCGGGAUGAACCUCCAGAAAAUGUUCCACCCAAGUUCUUCCUGUCUCUGAAGGAUAAAAAAGUAUUUCAAGGAAAAGGUACGAGUUUGGAUUGUGUCGUAAAGGGCAAUCCAGAACCGGAAGUGAAAUGGCUAAGACACGGAAAGGAGAUUGUUUCUAGACACGGAAAGUACAAGAUCACAAACUUGAACCAGCAGCACAGUCUGACUAUUGAGGAUUUUAAGAAAUCAGACGAGGGCUGCUACACUGUGGAGGCCACAAGCGAGUCAGGCUGCUGUUCUUCUAGUGCUUAUCUUACCAUGGAGGCUGUGGUGGAGGAGGUUGACACCGCUAAACUAGAAAAUUCAGCUCCAGAAUUCACGAGCAAAAUGGAGGGAAUUAUGGCACCUGUCGGUGGAGUCGUGACGUUUAAGUGUUCUGCUUCCGGAUAUCCUGUACCUAAAUUCAAAUGGCAGAAAGAUAUGCUAGAUCUUUACCAGUCCAAGAGAAUAACAAUUGACAACGUUCCAGGAGAGACAACUUUAACUAUUAAUGACGUCAGUCGACGUGAUGGUGGAAUGUACGUGUGUGUCGCUAAAAACACCCUAGGGAGAAGCAAGCAAACAGCAAAACUUAUUGUCAGCGAGGAUUGUAAGGAGACCAGGCGCCUAAGCAUCUCUGGGGAGGUGGACAAAUCAGAGGAACCAGCUAUACCACAAAGUGAGUCUACUGACUCUGUUAAAGACACUGCUGAGAAAUCUUUAGAACCAUUAGCGGAAGGUAAAGAGGAGCCAGUUGAAGCAGAAGAAGUUGCAGGGGCAAAGGAGGAAGUUCGUGAAGCUACUGUGAAGCCAGACGAUGAAAAAGCUCCAGUCGAGGACACUUCAAUGAAAGAGAAACCAACAGAGUUGGAGGAGGCAGUAGUAGAAGUGUCGUCUGCUAAGGAGAAUGCAACAGCUGAAAAGGAAGUUGUUGUUCCCGAAAAGUUGACGGCUGCAGAGAAAACUGAUAUUGAAGAAAAAACAGCAGUUGCUGAAGAAAAAGCAGCAACUCAGGUACCAGAGGAAAAGAUGUUGUCCACACCAAAGACAAUGGAAUCUGCCGAAGAAGUCUCUUUGACAGAAAAUGUUGCCUUUGCUUCUGUAGAAAAUGCUGCUAUGAUGAAAAAAGAAGUUGCGGAAAAACAGGAAAAAGCAGAAGAAACCUCCUCAAUCCAACAAAUAAAACACGAUGAGAAUCAAGCUGAAACGGCAUUAAAAUCUGAAAAGAAAUCUGAAGAGAAGAAAUCCGAGGAUAAGUUUGAUACUGCAAAGGCUGAUUCUGCUGUUUCUGCUAACUUAAAAGAGGCAAAAGCCUCUGAAGAAAAAGAAGUUGCGGAAAAACAGGAAAAAGCGGAAGAAACCUCCUCAAUCCAACAAAUAAAACACGAUGAGAAUCAAGCUGAAACUUCAUUAAAAUCUGAAAAGAAAUCUGAAGAGAAGAAAUCUGAGGAUAAGUUUGAUACUGCAAAGGCUGAUUCUGCUGUAUCUGCUAACUUAAAAGAGGCAAAAGCCUCUGAGGAAAAAGAAGUGACUGAAGUGAAUGAAAUAUCUGAGGGUAAGGUUGUACAAAAGGAAGUGGACACUGACAAAAGUUCUAAAACAUCUCCAAAGACUGCAGACGAAAGCGAACUUGAUAUCGAUCACCUAGUACAACAAGCAGAAACAAUUUUAGCUGAAUCUGAUUCAACGAAAACUGAAAAGAAUGACUUAUCUUUCGAAGAAGUUUUGGCCAAGUCUGUCAUGGAAGAAUCAGUCGCAGAGGCAGCCAGUGAAAUGGAAAAAAUCAAUAGAAGUAAAAAACGUAAACUAUCAAAAACGAAACGUCGCUCCCAGAGCUUAGACUCGGAGGAGGCAUCCAGUGUCAAGGAUUCAGUAGAGGGAGCGGAAUCAGAAAGUAAAGAGGCUGGUGUAUCAACGAAAACAGUCACUGAGACAACGGAAUCUGCUGUUCAGAAAGGAGGCACGUCAUUGCAGAGUGCAGCAAAAAGCAAGAGUGUCUCUUUUGAAGAAGUAGUGGAGAUUUCUGGUGCUGACACUGUUGACUCUGGUGCGAUAUCAAUGCAAGCCUCGACGUCAAAGGUGUCUGUGUCCAAAACAAAAUCAUCUCGAGUGGAAAGUCACACGAAAUCUGUUGAAGGAAAUGUUGAAGUUAAAUCAGUAAAGGAAUUAAAAACAAGCGGGAAAGAGAAAGCCUCUGAGUCGGUUAUAGCAGCUGAAGCUAGCGAAUCUGCUUCCACAACCGUACGAGAAACCAGACAAUUGGACAGGUUGAUGUCCAUGGAGGACGUUAAAGAAAUACUUGAUGUGGAUACCUUGAAAAUGAAUGAAACAAGGGAGGCUAUAGUGGAGCAGAAGACAGCAAGUGGACGGACCCAGGUCCUGGAAGUGAGUGCCAGGCGCGUGUCUAAACAGCUGUCUCUGGAAGAGCAGGUGGCCACCGCCACACACCAGCAUCACCUUCACCACCCUCCGGAAAUCAUAGUCCCUCCCCAGAAUCAGUUCGUCAGUCUCCACAGUGAGAUAGAGCUCACCGUCAAAGUCCGCGCAGCUCAUGGCGCCAAAAUUAGCUGGUUCCAUGACGGACAGGAAGUGGCAGUGACUGACAAACUUUUAGAGGAUAUAUUUGGAGAACAUUACGAAAUGACGGAUACCGAGGUACCAGAAAAGGAAUAAGGAUCCAUUCCUCAUUUUAACCAUAUAAAGUAUAAACAAGGAUAACCAGAAGUACUCCACCAGAUAAAACAUCUGUCCAUAUGUUCAGGCAUGGGCGACGUGACAGUUUUCCUGUGGUGUUCAAAAUGAAAUGGAGUUUGUAACAUUUUUAGAGUAAAAUCUCUUCAGCAUUUCAUUACAAGGGCAUGUACUUGAUAUAAGUCUCAGGUCCCCUAAUUAAUGAUAGAUUUUAAUUGGCCAAGGCAUGUUAUCAUAUGGUGUGAAAGUGAGUGGAUUUUUGUGUCGGUAAUUUUUUUUCGAGCCAUGUUCUUUUUGCAAGUAUUUCAGCUAGUACAUGUAUAUAUGAUGCUUCAAGCUGGUAAACUCACACCAAUAAAAAAAAAUUAUGAAAAAAAAAUUGAAAACCAUUUUGCUACCUUUGUCAUUCCAUGUUUGUGUUUGUUUAAUCGUAGCAUCCAAUCAAUUAUCACUCCUCCUUUUAUGUAAACAAGUUUGUAUCCAGAUUAGUUGGUGCUUAAACCGAUGGUUUUACAUUACUUAGGGUUAAAUAUCAUAAUGCAAAAUAUGAUGUUCAACCAAGCUUCUGUGUAUAAAGCAAAUUACGUUGAUGACAAAGUACUGUGCCCAGUUUCGUAAUUUUACAAUAAAUGGGGUAAAGUAUUGUGUUGAUUUCUAUUAAUAAUCAUAAUGCUGAGAAUUAUACAGCUCGGAUUUUUGCUUGUUUUAUUAAAGACAAUAAAAGGAUUGUAUUUUAUUCUGUUGAAUUCCUUGUUCAUAUAUUUGUGAUACUUUUUUUCCAAGACUGUGAUCCAAAUACUUGACUGUUAGGAGUGAAUAUCCAAUAAAAAUUGAAAAACCCA